UGUUUACUGCCGACGACAAGAAACCUUCUUCUCGUCAGUCGCCGCGAACAACACUUGUUCCCACCAGCACCCCGUGCGCCCAUCCAUACACCAUCCAUCCCCGCCCAUAGCAGUCCUCGCCGUCGUCGCCGUCCUCGCGACUAUCGACAGCGACUCGCUCCAAACUCUACACUUCUCCGUCCCGCGCCUGGCGCAGACCCGUUGGCCGGCCAUGGACGACCAGCAAUAUCUCGAGCCGGACUUCGACCCGUCGACUCUGACUGUCCCACGAUUGCGAUCCAUUCUCGUCCAACACAAUGUCAACUAUCCUUCGUCAGCCAAGAAAGCACAAUUGAUUGAGCUGUUCAACAGCGAAGUCGUCCCCCAGGCUCGCAAGAUCCGAACCGCGGCCGCGCGCGUCAAGCGUACGAGCAGGGGCAUCGAGGAUAUCACCACGGGUCGAAGAGGAACAGGCGCCGGCGACGACGAAAUACCUCCGACUCCUGCAUCCGUACGAAGCAGCAGGCGCACGACGAGAGCGCGGACAGAGGAAGCUCAAGAGGUCGAGCCAACGCCGAGGAACGCGAGACACAGCACGGCGCCUCCAGAAAGUGUGCCGCGAACAGUAUCUGGCAAGCACGCCCGACCAGUCGAGACCGUGGUGGAGGAAGAGGUAGAGCCAACGCCCAAGCGAAGCUCCACUUCAAGAGCACGAUCGAGAGUGAGUGCCGCUACUCCGGUCGCAGUCAGAGAGGAAGCAGAAUCCAGCCCUUUCUCGAACGAGAAUGUUUUCCAAUCAGGCGGCUCUCCGCCCGUUGCCAGAGUCACAGACACCGAGCGUCGGCGAACGACACUGGGUGCAGCGCGAUCAACGAGCGCAGUGCGUGACCUCGAGCGUCGUCAUCGCGAGCUACGGAGGCGAACAGACACUGUUGGCGUUGUGAAGCCGCAAACAGACGGCGCUAUUGUGCCGUCACGAAGAACAUUCGAAGUGCCGGUGACGAAGCAAGAGGAUGUCGAGAUCACGGAAGAGUUCACACCAGAAGAAGAACAGCAACUCGUGCAAGCACAGAUGUCGGGCGAGCUAGUCCCAACGCGUCGGCAGACCUCACGACCAGGCGGUGCAGCGAAACGCGGGCUAGGCGCAUUCGUUCUUGUGAUGGCAACAGCGGCGUCUGGACUCUGGCGGCAGGAGAAGCUGAACGUGGGAUAUUGCGGAGUUGGUCAACCAUCGACUGAGAUCGGAGGCGUCGAGAUUCCUCCUUGGGCAGACGUGAUUCGACCACAAUGCGAGCCAUGCCCUCCACAUGCCUACUGCGGCGAGAACCUCGAGACGACUUGCGAGACCGGCUUUGUACUGACGCACCACCCCCUCUCACUCAACGGCGCACUCCCGAUUGCACCGACAUGCGAACCGGACAGCGCAAAAGCCCGCAAGGUCGAAGCAGUGAAGCAACGCGCAGUCGAAGCACUUCGAGAACAGAACGCGCGCUACGAAUGCGGCGAGGCAUCAGAGCCAGAACUCAAAGAGACAGCACUGAAAGCUGCCAUUGCGACUAAGCGCCGCAAAGGCAUGAGCAACGACGAAUUCGAGGACCUUUGGGCCGCAGCAAUUGGGGAAAUCAGCAACUCAGACGAGAUCGUGUCUGGAUCAGACGGAUUCUCCGCCUCGCCAGCUCCAACACCGAAUCCACCCUCCGAUCCACUUCCCUCGCCGCCCUCCCCCUCGCAUGCGCAAUCCGACGAUCGCUACGCGAAACUCUUAGACGAUAUCUUUGGCAACUUAUAGGUGUUCUUCUUGUCCUCACGAGCGGAGGCUAUGGACGAUAUAGAAUCACUUCCGGUAACGAAACGGAGAAGCGUGCGAAGCAGCUCGCGACUCUCGCGUUGGAGAAGCUGAGCUAUCAAGCUGCGCUGAAUGCGACUGAGCCGGAUGUGUACAAAGAGAACUACAUGAGUGUCGCGCAGUUGAGAGAUGAUGUGCUGCGAGAGGAGUUCUCAGCGAACCGGAGAAAGGUUUUGUGGCAGAGAGUGCAGGCUCUGGUGGAGAGCAAUUCGAACGUGAGGCCUAUGGUCCGAGAGGGCAGGACAGGAGAUGUUGGGCGGGUGUGGGAGUGGGUUGGCGCAGUGGGGCUGCUGGAGAGUCCGGAGGCAGGACUUGGUGUCUCGGGAGGCAAUAGGAGGAAGAGCGGCAGAGUGAGCUUUGCUCCGCUUGAAGGGGACGAGAGCAUGGACAACGGGAGUCUGGUGAAGAGGGAUGAUGUCAAGACAAGCAAGUGGGAGGAGGGCAGAGGGACGUACUACUGAUGGCUGGAUUCUGUUCACGAGCUGCAUUCUAGGGAUGUGACGAGAUUGAUGGGCGGUGCGAAGCGUGUCGCUUUUCGCACCUUUUCAUGGCGGCGCUGCAACACGUAGUGUGUGGACUUUUCGUUGUCUCAAAAGAGAGACCCUUCUUCCAAUGUUUCGUUUGACACUUGGUGUACGAUUACGAGCCCAUGGGCAAUGCAUGGGAACACUUCUUCAGUUGCACGAAUCGUUAGAAAUUGAUGCCUACUUUCUGCGCAACAAAUAAUACCCCAC